GGCUUAACGCGAGUCCCCGCAUACAGAGUGCGGAGUGCGGAGCGAGGCUUUGCGCAUCAUCGCUGCUUCUCUUCCUCCUUUUGGAUCCUGCCACCCUGUUGUGGAAAAGCAAAGUGUACACUGUACACCUCAUUUCCUGUUUUUCCUAGGAGCAUUUUCUUUUCUCCUCAGUUUGGGAAUAUGGUGUGUGUUCCAGCCUUGGACUAAAAGUGUAUGACAGGGAACCAAUGGGGGAAAUGAAAAUUCUGGAAGUUUUGGUGCUUGGAUUGCUCGAUUGAGUUUGGAUUUUGCGUCGUGUUUGAAGAGCGUGCAGCUGAAGCUGAGGCAGCGCAGAUUUGUUCUCUCCUCCCUCCGCUGCAGCUCGCCGUCUGCGGCUUUCGCGCCUCUCCUUUUUGCCAUGCGAUGAUUUAACACUGGGGAGGACCAGCACUUAUCCCCCCCUCCUCCUCUUCUUCCUUUUCCUCUUCUUGCAUUCCCGUGAAGAGUGAGCUGCUCCUCACAGAUGGACUAAAAAAAAAAAAAAAACCAGACUCUGCUUUUUCUUGGAUUUGCUCUGCUUUUAAAUAGGGAGGAGACUAUCUAUUCAUCUUGUCAGCCCAUCCAUCUAUUUGGACACCAUGAGAGUUUUUCGCACUGUGUUGCUCAUGGCUGUCAUUUGGAGCCACGAGUGGAAGUGUGCGCUUUCGGACUCCAUCAUCCACAUUGGCGCCAUCUUCGACGAAACUGCACGGAAGGAUGACGAAGUCUUCCGCCUCGCCGUGGCUGACCUCAACCUGAACAAUGAGAUCCUGGAGACGGAGAAGAUAACAAUCUCUGUGGAAUUCGUGGAUGGGAGCAACCCAUUCCAGGCUGUGCAAGAAGCAUGCGAACUGAUGAACCGUGGCAUCCUGGCCCUGGUCAGCUCAAUCGGCUGCAUGUCGGCGAAUAGCCUGCAGACGCUAGCCGACGCCAUGCACAUCCCGCAUCUUUUCAUUCAGCGCUCCAAAGCUGGCACGCCCCGCUCCGCCUGCCCGCUCACCAGUCGGAGCCCUGGAACCGAUGACUAUACCCUGAUGGUGCGCCCGCCCGUUUAUCUCAACGAGGUCAUCAUGCAAGUGGUGUCCGAAUACGGCUGGCAGAAGUUUGUCCUCUUCUACGAUUCCGACUUUGAUAUCCGCGGUAUUGAGGACUUCCUGGACCGUGCUUCUCACCAUGGCAUGGACGUGUCUCUCCAGAAGGUGGAGUCCAACGUUAACAUGAUGAUCACAAGCCUGUUCAGGACCAUGCGGGUGGAGGAGCUACACCGCUACAGGGACACGCUCCGCAGAGCCGUACUCUUCAUGAGCCCAGCUACCGCCAAGGCCUUUAUCUCUGAGGUGGUAGAGACCAACUUGGUGGCUUUUGACUGUCACUGGAUCCUCAUCAACGAGGAGAUCUCCGACUAUGACCUGCAAGAAUUGGUAAGGAAGUCGGUGGGUCGACUAACGUUGGUGCGCCAGACCUUCCCCAUGCCGCAGAACACAACCCAACGUUGCGUCAAGCACAACCACCGGAUCAACACGUCCCUUUGUGACCCAAAGAACGCCAAAGCUCAGCAGCUGGAGAUCACCAAUCGCUACAUCUAUGACACAGUGCUGCUGCUGGCUAACACCUUUCACAGAAAGCUGGAGGACAGGAAGUGGCACAGUAUGGCCAGUCUGAGCUGCAUCCGGAAAAAUUCCAAACCCUGGCAAGGCGGGAAAAGCAUGCUGGACACUGUCAAAAAGUUCGGCGUGAGUGGCCUCACCAGCUUCCUGGAAUUCACCGACAACGGCACCAACCCUAACAUCAUCUUUGAAAUCCUGGGCACAAACUACGGAGAAGACCGUGGGCGAGGAGUCAACAGGCUGGCCACGUGGGAUCCUCGUCAUGGUCUGAAUGGCACGCUGACCGACAGGAAAUUGGAAAACAAUAUGCGGGGAGUGGUGCUGAGAGUCGUCACUGUCUUGGAAGAGCCAUUUGUGAUGGUGUCGGAAAACGUUCUCGGCAAACCCAAGAAAUACCAGGGUUUCUCCAUCGAUGUCCUUGAAGCUCUCUCCAACUAUUUGGGUUUCAAGUACGAGAUUUACAUCGCACCAGACCACAAAUACGGCAGCUUGCAGCCCGACGGCCAGUGGAAUGGACUCAUGGGGGAACUUGUUUUUAAGCGAGCCGACGUCGGACUCUCCGCCCUGACUAUCACGCCAGAGCGCGAGAGCGCUGUGGACUUCACCACGCGCUACAUGGAUUACUCGGUGGGCGUGCUGCUACUCAAAGCUGAGCGCACGGUGGACAUGUUCGCCUGCCUGGCGCCCUUCGACUUGUCACUGUGGGCGUGCAUCGCGGGCACUGUGCUGCUAAUAGGCAUUCUGGUCUACUUGCUCAACUGGCUCAACCCACCUCGACUGCCCAUGGGGUCCGUGUCCUCCACAACGCUCUAUAACUCCAUGUGGUUCGUGUACGGCUCCUUUGUACAGCAAGGUGGAGAGGUCCCCUACACCACCCUGGCCACAAGGAUGAUGAUGGGCUUUUGGUGGAUGUUCGCUCUCAUUGUCAUUUCCUCAUAUACUGCCAAUUUAGCGGCGUUCCUCACCAUCACACGCAUCGAGAACUCCAUACAGUCUCUCCAGGACUUGUCCAAGCAGACGGAGCUUCCCUACGGCACAGUGCUGGAUUCCGCCGUGUACGAGCAGGUGCGCUCCAAGGCGAUGAACCCCUUUGAGAGAGACCCCAUGUACUCGCAAAUGUGGCGGAUGAUCAACCGCACAGGAGGAGCCGACACCAACGUGGAGGAGUCCAAGGAGGGCAUUCGAAAGGUGAAGUACGGCCGCUUUGGAUUUGUGUGGGAUGCGGCGGUGCUGGAGUACGUCGCCAACAACGACGAGGACUGCUCCUUCUACACGGUGGGCAGCAAUGCGCCGGAUCGCGGCUACGGCAUUGCCAUGCAGCACGGCAGUCCCUACAGAGACAUUUUCUCCCAGAGAAUCUUGGAACUUCAACAGAACGGCGACAUGGAUAUACUCAAACUCAAGUGGUGGCCAAAAGACGGCCCCUGUGAACUCUACAGUUCGGUGCAACCGCGGCAAAACAACGCCCUGGACAUCCAUAGCUUCGCCGGGGUCUUCUGCGUCCUAGCGGCCGGCGUGGUGCUCUCCUGUCUCAUAGCCAUGGUGGAAAGCUGGUGGUCUCGGCGGAAGGGAUCCAGAGUCCCCUCCAAGGAGGACGAUAAGGAGAUCGACCUGGAGCACCUACACCGCCGGGUUAACAGCCUGUGCACAGAAGAUGAAAGCCCCCACAAGCAAUUCUCCACCUCUUCCGUCGAUCUGACGCCCCUCGAAAUGGACGCUCUGCCCGCCGCCCGCCAAGCCCUGGAGCAGAUAAGCGAUUUCCGAAACACGCACAUCACCACCACCACCUUCAUCCCCGAGCAGAUCCAGACCCUCAGCCGCAGCCUGUCCACCAAAGCAGCCGCUGGGUUUUCCGCCGGCUUCGGCGGCGCCGGCAGCGUCCUCCAGGACCACCGGACUGGUGGGGUGGGGCCUUUUAGGCAGAGGGCCCCCAACGGUGGCUUCUUCCGCAGCCCCAUUAAAACAAUGUCCUCCAUCCCCUACCAGCCCACAGGUCCGGGACCUAACUUUGGAUAUGGCAACGACCCAGACAGAGGUACAUCCAUCUAAGUGCGGCGUGAUGGUUUGGUAGGGAGAGGGGAGGGGGGAAGGGAGAGGGGGUGAUGAGCCGAUGGGGUCAUGAAGCAAACAACGCUACGGUAAAGAGUCGAGCGCUUAGACAUACCUGUACAUAGUAACUUUUAUGUUUUCAGUUUCUGCUUGGAUGAUUCCAUUUUGUAUGAGGGGGCGGGAGGAGGCGGGGUUCUGCUCGGACAUCCGGUGUAGGUGCAAAUGGGACAGGGUCCACAGAGAAAUGAUAUUUUUGCUUCAAUGGUGUUAUUCUUGUGAUUGUUCGAAGGGAGACUGUGUGUGUGUGUGUGAGAUCUUUUAUGUUCCCGAAACAUGAGGACUGCCUAUCUAAAAAAAAAAAAAAAAAAAAAAAAAAACUCUUGUAUUGCUCUCCUGCACUCCCGCUAGACUUUGAUGGUGGUCUAGCCCGAAAAUAACACACCUAUAUGAUUCAAGUCUCAAUCCCUAGCAGAGCACUCAGACACAGGUUUUAGUCCGUGCCCAAGUAUCUCCCUCUUGCUUUUAAAAUGCUCCAUCAUCUCUUAAGAGGAUGUCUACAAGCAGAUCAACGGGGGCCGGAGAUCAGCCAAGGGAACAAACGCAAAUAGCUUGCCGGGGACGUUUUCAUCUCCCUAAAAUGGUGCAUCUUAAUGACGCUGUCGAAAAAUGACAUCCGUCAUUUUGGUGCGUCGGCCUGAAAACGAACAUGUCCAUUCUUUGAUGCACAUUGAAGACGCUUCGGGAAGCCCACUGCACUGCACCAGUGCCCACAGACCUGUAAGUGAUUGUAUGUGGAGCUGACCGCUUUUUUCUUUUUUUUUUUCCCCCUCUCCACACAUGGUGUACUGUAUUAUCUGCUUUUCAAGUCAUGGUGAGACCUUUUAAUCAGACUCUUCAGAAGGGUGAGGAAAGAAAACAAAAAAAACUAUCUAAGGAAAAAGAUUUCAAUGCUUAUUAUAUGUCUUUUUAUGAGAUUUGUUUUCAGGAAAAAAAAAUAUUUUAACACGUGGAAUGUGUUUUUGGUGAGGAAAUACAAAAAAAAAAAACAUUGUUCUAAACUGUCUAAUGUUUUGAACUACUUAAAUGAGUGCUGUAGUCUGUUGUUUUGCUUCAUGCGUCAUUCAAAUCUUACUUUGACAUAUUUCAAGUCCAUUAUUCCGUUUUUAUCAGUUGUGAUGGGUUUUGUUGAGGGGAGGCCACUGCAACAGCAUUUUCAGAACAAGCUUUUCGUGCGCCAACUAAGUUGCUGUACCCACUUUGCGACUGCCAGUUAAGCCCCAAAUGUCCUCUCGUGGCGGAAAACACCAAUAAGCAGAUGAUUUUGGAAUAUCAUCAUCUCCUGUCACGUUAAGUGUACUCUUUCUCUGACUUGUUUUUAAAGUGCCAAUUAAUUCCAACAAGACCAUUAAGGUGCAUUUUGGUGGUGACAUACAAAGCAUUUUGUGCUCCUUGGCUUGGUUCAGUCGUGUGCCAACCAGUUUUCAUUGACACUUAAUUGAUAAUGUUAUAGUUAUUUAGAGCAUUAUUUUUUCAGUUUAUCUUAAGAACUAAAAACGUCGUGCAUAGAGAACUUGGUCCAAGCCACAGUGUUUAGAAGCAAGCCUUCUUAGGUGUUCUUUUCUUAUAUUGUUAGGCUGCUGAAUGGUAAAAUAGGACACAGACAUUUAUAAAAGUUUUAUUUAGAAUAAAUGAAAGACAUUAUUAAUGGGGAAAAGAAAUGUAUAUUUUACAUGUUGAUGCUAUUUUUGUUAAACAAAAUGGAAACUAUCAUGAUGAGCUUUUGUGUUUGUUUUUCUCCUGUCCCCUUUCUCCUUUUCCCGCUCCCACCAGCGUUUCCCAAACUUUUUCCAACUCAAGACCCAAAGGGAAUUUCUCUUACGCAAAUGUAUUGCCAUCAAUGUGAAUAUGAAUUGACUGAUUACUUAUCAGCCGGUUUCUGACAAAAUCUUGACCUGCAAACUAUUUUGGGUCCCAACGCUGAGUUUGGGAAACUCUGCCUUACAUGAUCAACAUUAAUCCUUUUGCUUACAUCAUUCUCAGUUGAUUUUUUUUUUUUCUGGCUAAAUAACAAUUGGCAAGUUAUUCAUUAAAAAGAAGCAUGCACAAACUUGCAUCCGUUGACAUUUUUGUUUUUGAUUUCACAUAAAACUACAGAUUUUACUUGAUAAAUUUCCAAAAUAAUAAUUAUAACAAAAAAAAAAGAAAAUACGAUGUACAGUAUUUAAGAUAGGCCUAUUUUGUUGUAUGUGUUGCAUAUUAUUCAAAAACUGAACAAACCGGGGCCUCUGUUACAGGUGGCAAAGCUUUCUGUGUAUAAUUUGUCUAAUAAACAGGUUUUCUACAGUG